AGGAGGGAUGUGAGAAUAGAGAAAGGCAGAAAACAGAACGACGAGAGAAAGAAAAUACUGAUUCCCACAACACGGCGGCAUGUCAGAGUCCGGGGCUGGGGGCAGUUCUGUCUACGACACCAGCUCCCUCCUGCAGUAUUGUAACGAUGAUGGCCUCUCUGGGCCCAGUGCGAUGGACACAGAUGACCGGAUCUCCAAUCUGGAACAGAGGCUUCAGCUCCAGGAGGACGAGAUGCAGGUGCUGAGGGCGGCGCUGAGUGACGCACUGAGGAGGCUGCGCGUAUGUGAGGAGCGCGGAGAUCCGCUGCGGGGGAGGCAGGGGGUCCAUAUCGUCAAGCCACCGCCUCGUUCUUCACAGAAUGGCGUCCCCUCGCGCAGGUGGAGUGGCAUGUCUACCUCGCCAUCAUCCCCUAAAAAAGGGACGACUGCCGUCUUCUCUAAAAGCCUGCGGCGCUCACUUUCCCCAGAGCGGCACUCCUUUGUGAAGCGAGAUGUCUCAGAUGCCAGAAGCCGAGUGCUGGUGUCCACUGGCAGCAGGAGAGAUGGUAAAAGCAAGCAGGUGGUGUUCUACCCCGAGGAGGGAGUGGUGAAGCUGUACCUCAGGGGUCGCUCAGUACCUCUCUAUGUCCCGGACUCGCUGGUCGCCUUGUACAACAUAGAAGCCAAAGGAGAACUUCCACCGAGAGAGUUACAGCUGGAAUGGGUAUAUGGGUACAGGGGCCGAGACUGUCGCAGUAACCUCUUCAUCCUCCCAUCCGGGGAGCUGUUGUACUUUACGGCCGCUGUCUGCGUCCUGUAUGACCCUGCAGCAGGGACACAGCGACACUACCGGGGACACACGGACGACAUCAAGAGUCUUGCGGUCCAUCCAGACUCCGUAACGAUCGCCAGUGGUCAGGUGGCCGGUAACUCGCAGGACGGAAAGGCUCUCCCUCCCCAUGUCCGCAUCUGGCACUCCGUCAGCCUGAACACCCUGCAUGUGAUUGGCGUGGGACACUUUGACAGAGCUGUGACCUGUCUGAGCUUCUCCAAGACGGAUGGCGGGAGCAUGUUGUGCGCAUGUGAUGAGUCCGGAGACCACGUCUUGUCGGUGUGGCAGUGGCAGCGUGAGGUGAAGGUGACAGAGGUCAAGUGUUCCACGGAGCCUGUCCUGGCCGCCAUCUUCCACCACACAGAGCCCAAUCUCAUCAUCACCUGUGGGAAAUCCCAGCUGUAUUACUGGAGCCUGGAGGGUGCAGCCGGGGCCUCAGCUGGCACUGCCACACUAAGCAAGAGGCAGGGGGUGUUUGAGAAACACGAGAAGCCACGUUACGUUCUGUGUGUGGCGUUUGCUGAGAACGGAGAUGUGGUUACCGGGGACUCCAAUGGCCACCUGUAUGUAUGGGGUAAAGGCAGUCACAGGAUCUCUCUGGCGGUGUGCGGCGCUCAUGAUGGUGGGGUCUUCGCUUUGUGCGUCUGUAGAGACGGGACACUGCUGUCUGGAGGGGGCAAGGACGGGAGAAUCAUUCGAUGGGACCAAAACUACAAGAAAGUGCGGGAGAACCGGAUUCCGGAAUGUUUUGGGCCGGUCCGGACCAUUGCGGAGGGGCGGGGAGGAGAGACGCUGUAUGUCGGCACCACAAAGAACUGUGUGAUGAGCGGAAGUCUGGAGAACGGGCUGAGCUGUCUAAUACAGGGUCACACGGAUGAACUCUGGGGUCUUUGCUCUCACCCGUCUCUCGAUCUCUUCCUGACCUGUGGCUACGACAAACUGGUUCACCUCUGGAACAGUAAGGACCACCAGCCUGUCUGGACCACCACCCUGGAGGACUCUGCGAGAGCGGCCGGGUUUCAUCCAUCUGGCAGUGUUGUAGCUGUGGGAACCACAACUGGAAGGUUCCUCGUCCUGGACACGCAGUCCCAUGUAAUUGUCACCACCAUUUCUGAUGCCGGGGAGCAGAUCAGUGCCAUCAGCUACAGUCCUGAUGGUCAGUAUUUGGCGGUUGGGUCACAUGACAACUUUAUUUACCUGUAUGAAGUGGCGGAGGAAGGACGAGAGUACCGGCGGGUGGGGAAGUGUAUGGGUCAUUCCAGCUACAUCACUCACCUGGACUGGGCCGCGGACAGCUCUUGCUUCAUGACCAACAGCGGCGACUAUGAAAUCCUGUACUGGGACCCGGACUCCGGGAAGCAGAUCGUCAGUGCCGAGAGUGUGCGGAACCUGGACUGGGAGAACGCCUCCUGCACGCUGAGCUUCCAUGUGCUGGGUAUUUGGCCAGACGGAGCAGAUGGGACCGAUAUAAACUCAGCGGCCAAGUCACAUGACCGAAAACUGCUGGCCACCGGGGACGAUUUUGGCGGAGUCCGUCUGUAUAAUUAUCCCUGCGUGGUGCCUCGGGCGCCAAGCUUCAGGUACAGCGGGCACAGCAGUCAUGUGACUCGCAUCUGUUUCCUGCACGACGACACUUCUCUGAUCUCUGCUGGUGGCAAGGACAGCACUGCGCUGCAGUGGACAGUCGUGUGACCUUCCCGGCAUUGGAACCCCACGUUUGCCCUGCAGAGCGUCUUCGCUGUCUACCCGUACAGGGCCUGUAGAUUUUACCAGCAGCCUCUCCCAUCACCCUAGCGUGUCUUACCCUCAUCCAGUCCUUCCGGCAGUGUCCCACCCCACCUGCGCACUACUGGGGCUUCCACCCGUCACAGCGCCAGCCCUGCUGGCCGGUUCCAUGCAUCCACUCUCCAACCCUCUCGCAGAGCAUCUCUGCAUGUUCCGCAGAGCGUUGGACAUCACGUCACCAGAACUAGCGCACUCUAAUUUGCACAACAGCACGGAGAGUCUUCAGCCUCCUUUACCUUCCCGCUGACGGCGGGCACCCCGGUUCUGCUCCCUGGCAUAGAAAGUAUAAUUCUGUGUGUUUACAACGCUGGCACCGAGAAAUCACUGCAAUAAAUUCUAUAAAAUA